UGGUGUUAAAAUUUUAUUUACUUUAUUUAAUCAUUAAAAUUUAAAAAAAAAUAUAAAAAAUACGGAAAUGAAAAACUUACAAUUAGUGUUAUUUUUUAUAAUAUUAGUUAUAAUUUUUGUAACAGAGGUCAACUCUUUUAUAUUACUUAGGAUAGCUAGUUCUAGAAAUCAAGCUGCAACAAGUAACAACAAUAUUGUUCGACCAACAUCGUCUAAUGCCGUCUCAUAUGAUUUUCGAAAUCUACCUAGAAAUGUUAUUCGAAGAAAAAUUGAAUUAGGAAAUAAUUUAAUAAAUGCCUUUGCACAAUUUAAAAUUGGAUUAGCAUUAGAAGGUGCAAGAAUUUUAGUUUCAGCAACAUCUCCAGAACCAACAACAAAUUCUAAUAGUGAUCCAACAACACCACGUCCAAAUUUCACUUUUUCAAAGACAAUUACAAAUUAAGUAGAUGAAGUAAAAUACAAAAUACAGGGGUAAAUAAUAAUUAAGUGACAAAAGGUUCAAUAAACGUAAAUUGAAAUAUUGGAGAAGAUUUUGUUUUCGCCU